AUGUUCCCCCCGGGAAGCCUGCUGACUCACUCCAUGAACGUGCUCACCUUCCCACAGCGGCGGGAGAAGGUGAAGGGUAAGAUACGGCAGCGUGCAGCGGGGCUCAUCAAGCGCCUGGAGGAGGGGCUGGCGGGCGAGCUGCAAAGCCGCCUGGCCGACCUGGAGACUCGCAUCCGCGCUGAGCUGGCACUGUACCGCCGCGCUGUGGAUGAUGAGCUGGAGCGCGUGGAUGCUCUGCAAUCGCAGCUGCAGACAUCCACUCAGCAGCUUGAGGAGCUAAGGCAACGGGUCCGCAAUCUUGCCGUCUGA